AUGACGACUGUGAUACAAACUCGAGAGCCGCUGCAAAUUCUGAGCAUGAGUAAUCAGGAGCGGCGGAAGAGCAAGCGUCUGGCAGCUCUCUACGACGAACAGGAUGGCGACUUCAAGUUUUUGCGCGCGUCGAAGCGCCCGAGAACGGCCGAUCUAGUGGAGGAUGACCCCCGAGCCCGCACCGGAGACGCAAGCUAG